CCCUUCCCUGCAGGCUUGAGAGCCUGUUUAGGUUCCCGCCCCUUUUCCUCUUGCUCUUUCUAAUCCUUCCCCCUCUGCCAAUUCCGGAGAGGAACCCUUUUUAAGUUUCUUCCAAGUUGAAGCGUAGGACCCAUUUCGUCAACACAAUCCGGAAUCGUCGACAUGGCGGCGACCAUAAGAUACCUCGGUAGAGUCUUGAUACAUCAUCAAAAGCAUGGUCUUUCCAAGACGACUUGUCAGACACCUCUUUAUCCUUGUUCUGUAAAUGUUUGGGUGCCCAGCAGAUAUUUUGCUGCUGCUACAAAGCCUGCAAAGAGCACAAAAAAAGGUGUAAAAGACAAAACAUCAGAUGAGAAAACAGAUGAAACAGAAAAAAUAAAGUCAUAUUCCUUUAUGGAAGACGAACCUGAGGAUGAUGUCUACUUAAAACACUUAUAUCCAAGACAGAUACACGAGGUGGAGAAGGCUAUUCAGUUACUUAAGAAAUUUCAAAUUCUAGACUUUACUAAUCCAAAGCAAGGUGUUUAUCUUGAUUUGACACUGGAUAUGGCACUGGGGAAGAAGAAAAAAGUGGAGCCAUUUGCCAGUGUUCUUAGUUUUCCAUACCCGUUCGUUUCAGAAAUCAAUAAAGUUGCUGUAUUUACAGGGAAUGCAUCAGAGAUUAAAAUAGCAGAAGAAAAUGGAGCUGCAUUUGCCGGAGGAACUAGUCUGAUUCAGAAGAUUUUGGAUGAUGAAAUUCAAUCAGACUUUUAUGUAGCUGUUCCAGAAAUAAUGCCUGAGCUUAAUCCAUUAAAGAAGAAACUGAAAAAAAGAUUUCCAAAACUAACUAGAAAGUCCAUUGGCCGUGACAUCCCCAAAAUGCUUGAAUUAUUUAAAACUGGACAUGAAAUUAAGGUAGAUGAAGAAAGGGAGAACUUUCUCAAGACCAAAAUAGCAACACUCGAUAUGCCAAGUGACCAGAUAGUGGCGAAUCUGCAAGCAGUUAUCAGUGAAGUUUGUAAGCACAGACCACUCAGUUUGGGACCUUUUGUGGUACGAGCUUUCCUUCGUACUUCAACAAGUGAAGGUUUGUUACUAAAGAUCGAGCCAUUGUUGCCUAAAGAAGUAGAAACCAAAGAAAAUAACAAAGAAGAUGCCUAAAAAUGUUAUGCUAUGAAAUUAUUUUCAGUGGAUUAAGAAGCAAUGGAGACAAUUAUAAAACUGUAUAAUUUCUA